CUACUUAUUCAUUUUUUCAAAUUAAUUAAUUUGAAAGAUUUGAGGCAUAAUUGGAGCAAUUGGACAAUUUAUCUUGGAACCACUGGACAUCGGCACAUGAAGUUAAGUGAUCUGCGUUUGUGUAAAUUGAAUUAAACAGUAUUUUGUUGAAAAGCAGAUUUUGGCGCUUACUUCUCUUUAUUCUUUUUAGACUAAUAAGCAUUGAUUAGGGAAGUGCAGCAAUGGCUGACUUAACACUAAUCGAUCUGGAAAUAUCUCAGGAAGAGCAGAAGGAGAUCUGUGAUGAGGAUAGGUCUGAUUUCAGGCAAAAUAAUGUAAAUCCGGAAAGCUAUAACCUCAGACGUAAAGCUGUUAAGAAGAAACCUAGCGGAGCCGAACUAAGAAGAGCUAAAACUCUCAAGUUGUCUGAGGCUGGUUUGAGCAACAGCACCAAAAGGCAGCGAACAUCGCCUGAAAUGUCAGAACUAGGCAAGACGAUCAAGCGUCCUAAAGAGGACAAGAAGUCCUUUAGCGAUGUCCUCAAAAGUACAGAGGUUAUCAUUAAGCCUAUCAAUUAUCCCGAAAGCAUUAUUGAUGAGGAUGGAGUUCAAGCUCUUGAGAGACAUCUUCUCAAGAAGAUUGACAUGCUGAAAAUCGGUGAAUCAGCACCACAAUUUCAUCAGAGGAGAUUGAUUGAUGGAUACUGGAAAAUUAAGUGCAUUGGUCAGGAAUCAAAGGAAUGGCUAAACAAAAUGGUUCAAUGUGUGAGAUUAAGAGGAUGUCUGCUAGAGCUGGUAGAUGUCGCUGAUAUGACUCAAAGACCUAAAUGUCGCGUUUUUGUGCCAGGUGAAUGUAGUGUCGAUACGGCGAUUAUGCAUCGUUUUAAAGUGCAAAAUCCUACAUUUGAAUUUCGAUCAUGGCGGAUUCUAUCGAACAAGAGGCAGUACGAUAAUGAAGGCAGGAACAUCGUUAUGGAGAUGACGGAUGAAAGUGUGGAUGCUCUCAGCAGAAACAAAUGGUAUCUAGCGUAUGGACUUACACAGGUAAGAUUUCAUUUAAUUGAGAAUGGAUCGGGCGGCAAAGUUGCCAAAACCGAUUCAGAUGAUUUAAAUGAUAAUGCUUCCAUUAUCAAUAUGGACACUGGAAUCAUGGAUUGUGAACCUAGUGUGGUAGAUGGAAAGGUUGAUGACAUAUAG